AUGGAGGUGGGAGUGGUAGUAGUGGUGGAGGAGGAGGUGGUAGUAGUGGUGGAGGAAGAUGGGAGUGGAGGUGAUGGACGAGGUGGAGGAAGGUGGUGGUGGUGGAGGAAGAUGGGAGUAAUGGAGGUGGGAGUGGUAGUAGUGGUGGGAAUGGUGGGAAUGAUAGUGGUUGUGGAAAUGGUGGGAGUGGUGGAGGAGGAGGGAGGAAGGUGGGAGUGCAGGGAAAUGGUGGAGGUGAUGGAGGAGUUUUUCAUCCAGCCACAUGAAACAUUUGUGGUGUCAACGACAGACAGAGCCGUCCUGGAUUAUGACACAUUUGCUGCCCUCGAGGACGGCUGCACCCUCUACUUGUUUCGGCAGGAGGGUCAAGCUCUGCCGGCGGCCCGGGAGGAGACCAUCACGUUCCAGCCUCAUUACGAUACGCUGAUCCAGAGCGGCACGUACGAGUACUACGCUAGCAAUGACAAGAACUCAUUACCUUAUGCGCUCGCUGAGUUGAUUGACAAUUCUCUGUCAGCCACAGCUAAAAACCCGGGUGUGAGGACAAUAGAGAUCCGAAUGCUGUUUGAUGAAACUCUCGGUAAACCUGCAGUGAUCGUGUUAGAUAACGGGCGCGGGAUGACUUCUAAGCAGCUCAAUAACUGGGCAGUUUACAGACUCUCUAAAUUUCUCAGGGACGACGGCAAAUCUGCAAGCAAUGACGAGAAGUACAUACGGCCCGAUCAUGUCCCUCGUAGUCUCAACAGUGACAUAUCCUACUUUGGAGUUGGAGGAAAACAGGCUAUUUUCUACAUCGGAAACUCAGUCAGGAUGAUCACCAAGCCCGUCGGCUCCCCAGAUGUUCAUGAGAUGGUGAUGUCUAAAGAGGACUUUGAGGAGAAGGAGAGGAACAACGAGGACAUCUACAAAGGGACGAUCAAGAACAGGAAGCCCGGUGAUUCUUCACAUGUGAAAAAGAGUGGGGAGAGUUUCCUCCGUGAUCUCAUCGCCGAGGAGUCUGGGAAACAGAGUUUCACCGCCGUCGUCAUGACGGGAGUUCUGCCCGAUCACGUGACUUUUCUCAAACAGGACUUCAGCGUUUGGACCCGAGAGCUCGCUCACAUAUAUCAUUAUUACAUUCAUGGAGUCAAUGGAAACGACCUGAAAAGAAACUCCACCAACUCGAAUCAAUCCUCUAAAAUUGACAUUCAGGUGACUCUGCGGGAGAAGCCCAACAAGUUGCCUCGUGUGAUGAACCUCCGGGAAGUCGAGGACGACAUGCAGACUCUGUACAUCAACGCCACCGCAGACACGUUCGAGUUUCACAUCUCGACCGUCGGCAGCGGCAGAGUGGAGGGACUCAUUCGGUAUCACCCUUUCCUCUACGACAGGGAGACUUACCCCGAAGAGCCACACACUAUGCUCGCGCCCGUUGAUGACGAGAGUGACGAUAACGAGUCCGGAGACGUGCAGCAAGCGAGAGGGAAGAGACCCGUGUUUGAAUGUUUCUGGAACGGACGACUUAUUCCUUACACCACCGUCCCUGAGUUUGAGUGGUGCGCUCGGCCCAAAGGAAGCUCCAAGCUGCCUCCCGAGUGUUACAGCCGCUUCUCGGGCGUGCUCUUCACCAACGACACGUAUAAGGUCAGCACCAACAAGCUCACCUUCAUGGACCUGGAGCUGAAACUGAAGAGCAAUGAAUCCAUCUUCACACGUGUUGUGAACGGACAGAAACAAAGAGUUAACAUUAAGUCUGAGUUUACCAAGUGGCUCCAAAACUGUCACGAUAAGCUGGACAAGCAAACCGAGUUCCUGCGCUUCAAGGAAACAAUAACACGACCAGACGUUCCUACGAAGAAAAUGCAGUUCCCCUGGGCGACUUUCUCCUCCAUCGAAUUUGGCGGCAAAAAAUACCAAACAGGCCAACUUGUGAAGUCUCAGAAAACUCAGCCCAUUUUUAAUGGGACGGUGAUUCGGUUUUUGCUGUUUGGAAAUCACGACAGAGAUGUCUUUGCCACAGGAGGAGACGUUGAAGUGACGCUAGAACCCAAAGAGCUUUACGACACAACCAGGAUCAUACCCAUAUCCAAGAUCGACAAGAACGCCACUGUUGAGGCCAUCAAGGAAAACAUCGAGAAGGAUCGCGCCAGACUCCCAGAGUUGCUGAGAGUGGACUGGCCUCAAGGCGUCCCUUGGCCCCAGAAGGCUGUGCGUCCAGCUGGGUCUUCGUUAGGACCGAUCAAAGUUGAGAUCCUGAACAAGAACGGAGAGUCGAUAUCCAGGAUGCCGUCAGUGAGUCAGGGAACGGUGAGAAAGCUGGGCAUCGAGCUCAAACUAAACCAACACGAGAAUCUGAGAAGCCUGGGGAGGUACAGCUUGUGUCUGAACACGGUGAUAAACGAGGGGAAGGAGAGUAAAGCUACGGUCUUCGGAGGCAAACCGCUCCCAAGCUUCCAGCUCAGCUUCACCAUCACAGCGGGUAACGCUGAGAGCUUCACGGUUGGAGCAGUGAGAACCUCUCUGCAGGUCGGAGUCCCGUUCGACAUUCCUCUGGAGAUAAGAGACGGCUAUGACCACCCAACGAAGCCUCCUCAGGACCUCAGACCUGAACUCAAAUGCAGUGGCCUGGAGCUGAGUUACGAGGCGGUGGACUGCAGUGAGAAGACAUUCACCAUCAGAGGCGUCAAAGCAAAAGGAAAAGUCCAGAAUUACCAACAAUCAAAGGUGCCGUCUCUCCCAGCAGUGAACGCUGACUGCAGCAGCACUGGAGCUGGACAGCUUGUCACAAAGCCCAUAAAUCUCUUAAUUAUCAAAGGAGAACCACAACAACUCAAAGUCAAAUUUGACCUGCUGGGUUGGAAGAAUGUAUCGCCGGUGGAGAGAGAGCUGACCGUGCUGCCGAGCACCAGAGUGUCCCGGAUGGAGCUGUGCUGCCAGAAUGAAGAGAAUCUGGUCUUGAAGAAUAAGGAAAAGAUUGAAUGGUUGGCUGGAGGCGUGCUGGAGAACCUGUUCUACAAACUGUACGAUGAAGCUGGCAGAGAAGUCUCGCUCACUGCUGAAAUAGCCGCCACGAUCAAGGUUAACUGGACAGACGAUGUAAACCUUAAAGAUCUGGUUCGGGGGAAGCUGCCGGAUAUACAGGUUCCUACUCAGGUGCAGCUGAAGAAGACUUCUGCUGCACCUACCAACUUCUACCAAGUUUCCUACAACAAACAGGAUGUGUCAGCCUCCUUUACUAUUACGCCUCGUCCAGAUGAACCAACCCGGCUAAAAGCAACGUUGCCUCAAAACACGAUGAGGCUGGGAGAAACUCUCCCUGGAAACAUCAACCUUGAGCUUGUGGAUCAGUACGAUAAUGUAACGAAGACGCUGACCUCCGCCUGCGUGAAGGAUUUCUCUGUGGAGGCUGAAGGUCUGGACAAGUCAGCCGUCACCUUCACAUGGCAGGGGAGCAGCGGUUCUGUCGUAUUGACGGGGGUUCGGUUCCAGUCUGGGACCCUCGGCUCCAGAGAAAUCAUCUUCAGCUAUAAGAGCUACGUGGAGCGAGUCAUCGUGGAGGCGACGGCCGGAGUUCCUACGCAGUUUAAACUCAUCAGUGGACCAGAGAUGCCUUUGCAGGUGUUGAACGACCAAGGCAUCCCCACAGCGUUCGUCAUCCAGCUGUGUGACGAGUGGGGAAACCCCUCCCCAGACCAGAGAGUCGUGGUGGAGUUACGGCCUUCACCUCCAGCGCUGAAGGUGCGGACAUCUGUAACUUCACAACCUGUGAACGCAGAGGGAAAAGCUUCUUUCAUUGUUGAGAGUGUGAGCGGACCAAAGGGGUACUAUCAGCUGGAGUUUGUAGCUUCCUUCAACAAGAGGCCCAUCAAUAGUCCUGCAGUGAAUCUCACCGUCAUCCCAAACCCCAACAAACCUGUCAGGCUGUCAGUGGAGUACGACACCAGCGCUACGUUCACUGCUGGAGGCGUCUUCCCUGUUUUCUCUGUGACCGUUGUGUCUGAUGAAGGAAGCCCGAUUACGACUUUUAACCCCGCCGCUGCGUCCAUGUUCCUGUGGAUGGGAACGCCAUCAGGAGGAACGCCUCCACUAACGGUUCCUGAACUGAAACCGAGUAAACCGAGAGUGAAUGAAAAGAAGGACCGUUUUCACUUCAGAGAUAAAGAGAUCCCAGUUAAAGCUGGAGAAUACGUCCUCCAGUUUUCUCUGCUUGUUGAAACAGAAAACGUCCUGUACAGUGAUCAGAUCACUAUAAACGUCGGGGCCCAUGAACCGGUCAAACUGGGACCAGACGUUGAGCCUCCCUCUCCAGUUGUUUCCUACACUAAGGACAUUGCCAACCGAACCUUGGUGGAGAACAUGACUCUGAGGAUAACGGAUUUAUACGGAAACACAGCGGGGCAGGAUCUAGAGGGGAAAGUGGUGGUUUCUAUAAAGAGUCCUGAUGGCGACAUGAACAACAGAAGUCUCCCUUUGUUUGAGGGCAAAACCAACAAGUUUCAAUUCUCCCUGAGGAAAGGAAAGAUCCACAUCCCUGUGAGUCACCAUGACAUCUACAGCACGCAUCAUCAUACUGCUGUACACCAGGCGUGUCAAACAUGA